AUGACUUCGGAUCACGUCGAGAAAAUAAUUACGCAAAAUUACUGUAGGAGCUUCUCAACGUGCAGAGAUUGUCUCGGUAAAACUGUCUCCGACCAGUAUAGGUGCUUCUGGUGCAAAACAAACAACAGUGAUGGAGGCUGGUGUCUGACGCACGGCGUUGAGGGCUGCCACUUUGGAAACUCAAGAUGGUCGUAUUGUUGGGUAAACCAGGACGUUUUAACGCUGGUGAUGUCCCUUCUGCUGACAACCAUCUGCCUUAGUCUCAUCAUUUUCGUCUGCUGCAUGUGUAGGACAUGCUGCAAGAAAAUUAAGAAGAAUGAGUUUAGUUUAGAUGAUUUGCACGUUUGGUUUCGAUUUAUGAAUGUGUCAAUUUUUCCAAACAGUGCAGCUAAUGUGGAGAAGAGUGGAACGCAGCAGUCGGAAAAUGCCAGGAAAAUGUCAAAACUUAGUUUAAAAUCCAAAGAUGACACAAAAAAGUUAGAAAAGAAAGCAGAUGAACUCGAAGAAACAAAUAAAAUUCAAGAGGAAGUUUCUUCUGUCCUUCCUUAUGCUUCUUCGUACGAACUUGCAAACUUUUCAGGGGAGGUGCUCAAAUUCGAACUCCUUCACGAGGCCACAGUCAAAGCUAGGAUUACUGUUGAUGAUGAAGAUGGUGAUGAAGAUGGUGAUGAAGAUGAUGAUGAAGAUGAUGAUGAAGAUGACGAUGGUAAUGACGAUGAAGAUGAUGAUGAUAAUAAAGAUGACGAUGAAGAUGAUGAUGAAGAUGGAGAUGACGAAACGUACAAAGUUGACGGUGAUAAGAAUGAAAAAGACGAAAACCAUGAUUCGAAACUCAUGAGACAUUUAGGAGAUGAAACAGUUGACACUUGA